CAUCGCGCAUAAAUGGGCGUGGCCAUUGAGUCCUUCCGUUUUAAGCCCCGCGACCCAUCAAAAAUUGUUACUUGCUAUAAACUCAGUCCUACGUCCUUUCAAAGGGGAUCGCUUGAAAACACUUCGCACAAGUCCUGAAUUUUAAAGAAAUGGAGAAUAUCCAAGAACUCAUCCAGUUUGCCAAGGAAAUUCGAAGUCAGAAGCCCAGCAAUGGCAUGAUGAAAUUGUACCUGAUAGGCUCCAUGCUUGCACUCUUUGGGGUGAUGGUUGGGUUUGUGGAGACGGUGUUACAGCCUUUCUAUACCCAUGAGCCCAUGGACGAGGAGAUGACACAGCUUGUCCUUCUGGAGCAGCAACAAGCUGAAAAGAAGCUGAGGUGGAGAAUGGAGGCAGCAGCAGUCCUGGAGGAGGACAUGGGAUUGAAAAGCAGGCAGCAGGCAAUGCUUGCGAGGAGGAACUCGGCCAACCGGCUGCAUGCAUCGUAAGGGUGGCCUUCAUCAAUGUGCCUACUCAGCAGAUAUGUAAACACAGCCAAGCUUCUGCAGGUCCACCCUUAAAAAGUUAUCUUGAUGAUGAUUGGGCUAGAUGUUUGUAGACCCAAGGUUUUGUGGAAGAUCAUGCUGUUGGGGAAUCGGGGUCGUUGCUGCUGUGCAGCAGAAAUCUGGAGAUGUUUUAUGAUGCCAUAUCUGAUGGUGCUCGUCAUCUUACACUUGUCUGUGCAUGAAUUUAUAUUUUUUAAAUCGAAUAAACUUUUUAUUUAAGCAA